AUGGCCCAGACAGGUCUUCCCGCUGAGUUGAUCUUGCAUAUCGUUGGAAGUCUUAUCCCACCAAGUCCCCCGAUUGCGUUCAGUCAUGGAGACGUUAUCACUCGCACACUCCUCAGUCUGACAUUGGCCUUCAAGCUGGUCUCCCGAGCAGCAAAACGACUGCUCAUCAAGCACUGUCUUUGCAUCGACUCUGCGCAUCGACUCAAUCAGCUACUACAUGAAAACGCCAUAUUAACGACAGGAAGCCGGCUUCCAUCCGUCGGGCUAUUUCUAUCCCCAUUCCCAGCGCACAACCUCAACAUUCCAUCUACGGUCGAUCGGAUAGAUCACCUAUCGACCAUCAUCAGUCAAAACCUGACCCGGCUCGUUAUUGACAUGCCCCUCCGUCAUCUCUACCCCGAAGACGACGUAUAUCAACUACGCCCAAUUCUCCGCACUGCAUUCUCCCGCAUGACCCAGCUCGAAGAAUUCGUCUCCGUACGGGACGAGCUUUACCUUGGUACAUUCAUGCCACAGGGAACGCUAGAGCAAGAACAAGGCCCGAAUCUAGAGCCAGCAGUUUGGUCCUUUUGGCCGAACCUGCAGCGUCUGGGGUUGUACAACGUCGCCGUCGACUCUCGCCAGUUCAUCGAGGGUCUGCGCCGGUGCUCGAACUUGACACACCUUGUUCUUGUCCGACCCGACGGCCUAACCGAGGAUGUAUCCCCGGAGCAAUUGGGGUUGGAAUUCCUGCCAGCACUGCAGCGGCUUAUCAUUGUCAAUACUGGAUUGGGGUUUGUGCAUGAUUUACCGGUUGAUGAGGGUACAUGGAACGAGUCGUUUCUUGGGCAAUUAGAGGCGUUACGGCGCGCUGGUGCAGGAAGUAAGUGCUCGGACUCGGAAUUGGUGAUCAGCUAUCUUUCGCUGAGGAUGCCGUUUGGGAGGGAUGAUGGGGAAGGAGACAUUGCGAUAUGUCAGGAGUGGCUGGGGCAGCAGGCGACGAGUGGUGCACUGUGGACAACAUCGGAUGAUCGUGGAGACUUACUUGACUCCAAUGGUUAUUAUGUGGCUUGA